ACUCUUUUCAUUUUCCAUUUUAGAAAAUGUGACCUCAUUCACUUUGGUUCUCUCUUCAAUCUCUUCCUAUCCUUCACGAUGCUUUCUUCUGUUCUUCAUGUCUAUCUCCAAGAAUUUUAUGUAAACAUCUAUCUAUUUCAGGCCUGGUCCUGUUCUUAUUUUACUCCUUUUGUGGCCAUAACCAACCCUUUUGAGGUCAAAUGGAAAACUACAUCCGGUUCUUCCAAUUCUCCUACCAACAUUAGCCACAUCAGGGGAAACAUCUUUCUGGAUUCAACUCCAACGGAAGAAUUUCUACAUUGGCCUUCCACUUCUCCUCCUUUUCAGGUCAGUGAAGACCUCACCAGGCUUAGAGCAUACCCAAAACUUGCAAAUUGCUAUGGAGUUCGAUCUUGUCGUUCUAUCCUGGAGGCAUAUAGGCUAGGAGACAACAGAGAUGUGAGGUGGUAUAUGAUGGGAGAUGAUGACACUUUAUUCUUUGUGGAUAAUAUAGUUGAUGUGCUAUCCAAGUAUGACCAUAUUAAAUAUCAUUACAUUGGGGCAGACUCGGAGGUUAUUGGGGCCAACAAUGCUUUCUCCUUUGACAUGGCAUUUGGAGGAGGGUAUGCUCUGAGCCUUGCCCUGGUAGAAGCUGUAGUUCCGGUGUAGGAUGAGUGCAUUGAGAGAUCCUUACUCAAAAACCGGUGACAAUAUAACAUAUACUUGUUU